GCAUUAUAAAUGGACUUUGUGCUCGUGCACAUUUUUUCGUCGAAAGGCUAUUUACACGAGCCCGGCUGCAACCACAUAUAUAAAAUGGUUGUUGUUUGUCCGUACGAUUAAGAACAACAUAACAGAUUGUUACAAUCCGAACUGUAUCUUUCCUCGAGCAGUUUAUAAUAAACACACGUGCAGGGAUUCGAAGAUAAAUAAAUACACAUAUUUUUGUCGGUAGCGUCUAAAACAGCAGAUUAACGAUUGCACGCGGUCGAGUAUCGCGAUUCCUUUCGUUUGCGUGUAUGCCUCGAAGAUAAGCCCGAGAUACUGCCGCUCUAACUGCCGAAUUUAUAAAGCCGAUAAUUGUAUCACUCUCAGGGAUGGGAUCGAGGAUUAAAUAAUUUUUCACGCUCUCUUGGUUAAAGAUUGAAAUAAGUUCAGAUUUAUUGUCAAUUGAAAUAGAAAAGAAGAAUGUUUAACAAAAUGAAAUAAAUCUAGAGGACUGCUGAUCGGAAUAACCGACUAUCCUUUAUAAUAAAGGGUGGGGUACGAUGAGCAUAAGUAUGCUUGGAUCGGAUCUCUGGUAAGCUGGUUCCUCGUUCGGUUACAAAGAGGCUCGUUCGUUCCCUUCGGCGCAACUAAACACGGUCAGACGAUUCGCAGACGUUCGUGUUUGUCGUUGUGUGUAUAUACAUAUGUAUGUACAUCAGUUUGCCCCUUGGCUCUUUCACGUGCACCUUAUCAAAGGAUCGCGUGGCCGAAGUUCGAGCUCGGUACGCGGGUAUUAAUUAAGCGGCGUGAUUUCGGAAAUUCCAUCACUGCCCGGCCGUUCGUCGUCGCCUUUUGAAUGGAGUUCGAAGAUCGACCAAGUCCGGCCACGAAUGAUUCACGCAGCCUACGCGAUUUACUAUAUUGUUCGUGUGGCGAACCAGGCGCUUACCGUUUCGCCACAGCCGGCAGUUACGGUGGAGGGGCCGGUGUCCAAAAUGUCUCCACCAACGAACGACGUGACCAACGGCGUGGUUGCGCCACCCAACACCUUGGCGCCUCGGGUUUCGCCGACCGCGAACCCGGCUCUCACCACCAUCAACCCACCGACGCACAAGCGUAAUCCUCAGGAUUUCAUUUUUGGCAAGGUGAUCGGCGAGGGAAGCUUCUCCACCGUUUACCUCGCCAAAGAUAUUCACUCGGGGAAGGAGUACGCGAUCAAAGUGUGCGACAAGCGUCACAUCAUCAAGGAGAAGAAGACCGAGUACGUGAAACGCGAGAAGGAAGUGUUGAACAUGCUCGCGGACGCGAAACAUUCGUUCGUGCGUCUGUUCUGCACGUUCCAAGACGUGGAAAGACUUUAUUUCGUCCUAUCGUAUGCGAAGAACGGUGAACUCCUGCCCUACAUCAACAAGGUUGGCUCGUUCGACAUCGAGUGUACGAAGUUCUACUCGGCGGAGAUUCUUCGUGGUCUCGAGUACCUGCACGGUCUCGGCAUCAUUCAUCGCGAUCUUAAGCCAGAGAACAUUCUGCUGGACGAGAAGAUGCACGUGCUCAUCACCGACUUCGGCAGUGCCAAGAUACUGAAGGAUCCGGAGACGGUGUCGACGCAUACGACCGCCACGGACGACCCGCAACAGCAGCAACAGCAACAGCAGCAGUACCGACGAGAACGCAGGGGUUCGUUCGUUGGUACCGCCCAAUACGUGUCGCCAGAGCUGCUGACCGACAAGACGAGCAGAGCCUCCGAUCUCUGGGCCCUCGGCUGUAUAGUCUACCAGAUGGUCGCUGGUCUGCCCCCGUUCCGCUCUAGAAGCGAGUACAUGAUAUUCCAAAAGAUCCUGAAGCUCGAGUACGAGAUACCCGACGGCUUUUGCGAGCUGGCCAGGUCACUGGUCAGUCAGCUGUUGGUGCUCGAGCCAUCCGAGAGACUUGGCGCCCAGGACGAACACGGCGCCGGAUAUCCCAGUAUCAGAGCGCAUCCCUUCUUCGAGGGCGUCGACUUCGAGACCCUCCACGAGCAGACACCACCACCGAUCUACCCAUACCUGCCAGGUACGUCGGAACACGAGGAGCUCAGGUCGCAGUACAGGGUUCCCGAUCACCUGGAACCUGGCCUCGACGACAAACAGCUCACCAGGCUUCUUGGUCUGGGCAUCGGAGAGGACGACGACGACGACGACGACGACGACGAAGACGCGACCAUUGAGCGUGAGAAGGUCGCGCAGCAGGCCACUAAGGUCGUCGAGAAGCCGAGGAGAAGGACGAACGCGGUAGCGACGGACGGUAACAUCACCGAUCUAACGCCGGAGGAGAUCAAGAACCGGCUGGAGAAGCAACGCGCGUCCAAUCAAUGGGAUGUCUUCGUUGAGGGUAACCUUAUACUGAAGCAGGGCUUCGUGAACAAGAGGAAAGGCCUGUUCGCCAGGCGGAGAAUGCUCCUGCUCACCACCGGACCACACUUGUACUAUGUCGAUCCUGUCAACAUGGUGCUCAAGGGAGAGAUACCCUGGAGCCCGGAACUAAGGGUCGAACCGAAGAGCUUUAAGAUCUUCUUCGUCCACACACCAAACAGAACGUAUUAUCUUGAAGAUCCCGAAGGAUUCGCAUUGGAGUGGUGUAGAGCGAUCGAGAACACGCGAGUCCACUACUACGGCCUGCAGGAGUCCACCACCACCGCUUAAACAGAAGACUGAACCCAAGAUUGUU